CUGAAAGGAGAUAAUUUUAUCGCGUUCUCUCUUCUUUCCUUUUAUAUAUUCUCUCUGGAAAUUGCUCAUUUUAUGCAAUCAAAUGAUCGGCUGAUCUUCGUUUUCCUUGUGUAAGAUUAAAGGUUUUAAUGGAAGAAGCUAUUUGCCUAGAUUUGCCACCUUUUAGACAAGUUGAAGUUCUGAGUUCUUGCAACAAUGAAUUUUGUUUUCCGAGGGAGUAGAGGAGAUAUUGAGAGCGGGUUUUCAGGAUUUAUUCAUGAACGUCCUUCCGUGCGUAUACAUGCAUCUCGACCAGUUAACUCCAAUUCACUGGCCUUCUUUGUUACAGUUCUUUUGCUAUUCAUGAUUUUAAACUCUCACCAAAUGUCUCCAAACUUUCUGCUUUGGCUAGUAGUGGGCAUCUUUUUAAUGGCUACUAGCCUUAGGAUGUAUGCAACUUGUCAGCAACUUCAAGAUCAGACUCGAGUUCACGCCGCUGCAGGUAGUGGUUUUCUUGGUCAUACUGAGUUGCGUUUGCACAUGCCACCAUCAAUAGCUUUUGCUACAAGAGGACGCUUACAAGGACUAAGUCUCCAACUUGCCCUUCUUGAUCGUGAAUUUGAUGACCUAGAUUAUGACACCCUAAGAGCAUUAGAUUCGGAUAAUACUUCCGCAAGUCAUUCGAUGAGUGAGGAAGAUAUAAAUGCUUUACCAGUGCACAAGUACAAGGUCCAUGGCUCAGACAAUACUGGAUCAUCGGUGCAAUGGACCUCAUCUUCAUCAGUACCAGUUGAGGUAUUGCAAAAGCAAGAUUCUAGGAAGGCUGAUGGGAAUAUGAAGGCUUCAGAAGAUGAACUAACUUGCUCUAUUUGCUUGGAUCAAGCGAACGAGGGGGAGCUUGUUCGGAUCUUACCAUGUUUGCAUCAGUUUCAUACCAACUGUAUUGAUCCAUGGCUGCGGCAACAAGGUACAUGUCCGGUAUGUAAGUUCAGAAUGGGGUCAGGAUGGUUGGAAAACAGGGAGAGUGAAUCAUAUGAUUCAGACAUGGUUUAACUCGACUCCGCUGGCUGUGUUAUGCAUCUCUAUAUAUAUAUAUAUAUUUACGGUAACAUUAAAAUAACAUUUUUUCCUCCUCUGGGGAUCUGACUGUAGAUCUCCAUAAGGGUAGGGUUUCAUCAUGCUUAGGCUUGUACAGUUAACUUCUCUUUGACCUUUGAUGUUUCAAUCCCCAUCUGGCAUUGCCAACUUGUAGCAGUUUUUAUGAUCUGGUACUAGUCCAACUUAUUCCAA